AUAUUCCAGAGCAUUGGGGAGGCACCCAUGUCCGUUGUGUUAAAUCAGCUGCUGCCCAUGAUGAAGCCUUUGAACCAGAGGACCAACGAUGACUACAGCCCUGAAGACCUGUUGACCCUCUUGAUCUAUAUCUACUCUGUCGGCGGAGAGUUGGCAAUGGACAGUGACCUGGGGGAAGCCUAAGAAAAAGUGAAGAAAGCAUUGGCUCAGGUCUUCUGUGAAGAGUCUGAAUUGUCACCUUUGCUGCAACAAAUCACAGGCUGUGACUCUUCAAUUAAGCUGACUUUUCACAAAUCCAAAAUUGCCGUGGAUGAGCUCUUUACUUCACUUCAAGAUAUUGCUGAAGCUCGGAAUCUCAUGAAACAGUUUAAGUCUGUGUAUGUUCCUGGAAAUCAUACCCACCAGGCAUCCUAUAAGCCAUUGUUGAGGCAGGUCGUGGAGGAAAUAUUUAAUCCUGAGAAGCCAGAUCCGGCAGAUAUCGAACACAUGUCUUCAGGCCUCACUGAUCUCCUUAAGACUGGAUUUAGCAUGUUUAUGAAGGUGAGCCGGCCUCAUCCCAGCGACCACCCUCUCCUGAUCCUCUUCGUGGUGGGCGGGGUCACUGUCUCAGAAGCCAAAAUGAUCAAAGACCUCGUGCCGUCCUUGAAGCCAGGAACCCAGGUUAUCGUGCUGUCCACGCGACUCCUGAAGCCACUUAACAUUCCUGAGCUCUUGUUCGCAACUGACCGGCUGCAUCCAGACCUUGGCUUCUGAGCAUCUGUGAGGAUGAGACCUACCCGAGCUGGAAAUACCAACACUACUUCCCGUCACCAUUCAAGAUACGCCGCCGGAACCAAAGUCCUCUUACUAAUCGUGGGUAUGACGGAAUUCUGCCCGGAGGGUCCUGGUAACCACGCAGCAGAGUACUUUGCAUGGAUUCCCAACGAUUUUUUUGUUAAUUAUUUUCAUUUUUCUAAAGGUGUCAAACUGUCUUUCAGCUGGCCUCGUUUGACAUAAUCCCCUUUUCUCCUUAACCCUCUACUUGUGAUCUUCCAGUUUCCAACCGCAAGCUCACUGAUUCUAAAUAAACGCCUGUUGGCGAUCGUUGGUAGAUUACAA